AUGGAUCCAUACAACAAGCCAAAGGGACCUUCACCACACUACUCCCUCUACCAGCGUGAGCUCUUUAAGAAUGGCCCACAGGGAAAGCUGCCGAGUGUCAGCACGCAUCCGUCAAAGUUACAACACGACGCCCGCAACAAUCUCACAAACAACGGCUAUUGGUAUGCAAGUUCAAACGCUGGGAUGGGAUGGACGCAUCACGCCAACAGAGAAGCUUUCUUCAAGUAUCGCAUCAUUCCUCGCACGCUUCAAGACACCAACACACGUGACCUCACAACCACAGUAUUCGGUCACAAAGUACCAGCCCCAAUCCUAUUUGCACCCAUCGGUAUAAAUAAGAUCUAUCACCCCAAGGGUGAGCUAGCUGCCGCGACGGUAGCUGGCGAAUUGGGGCUCCCCUACUGCCUCUCUACAGCUUCCAGCUACUCUAUUGAAGAUGUUGCAGCUGCGCACGACAAGUCGGCCGCAGUGAAGAAUGAGUCCAACUCGGUCAACGAGUACAGCGGGAGCAAAAGAGAAACUGAAUCCAACGCACCCCGUUUCUUCCAGCUUUACGCCAGCCAGGACCCUCAAGUUACUCAAAGCCUAUUGCGUCGCGCGUGGCAGAAUGGCUUUGAUGCGUGCAUGAUUACCACCGACACCCCUCAACUCGGUUAUAGACCGACAGAUACAGAUAUCGGCAACUACGCCUUCUACGCAGGUAACUUGGGCAACGAAAUGGGUGAAUCGGAUCCAGUGUUCAUGAGAAAGUACGGCGAUGAACUUAAGCACGACCCAGGUCGCUGGAUCGACCAUAGCGUUUGGCAUGGAAAGCCGUUGACAUGGCCAGCUGUAGAAGAGAUCAGAAAUUUCUGGCACGAAUUAACAAAUGGCAGACCUUUCUUAGUAAAAGGUGUCCAAUCUGUCGCAGAUGCCGAAAAGGCUCUAUCGAUUGGCUGCGACGGGAUAGUCGUGACAAAUCACGCAGGACGCCAAGUUGAUGGUGCUGUGGGGAGUCUCGAGGUGCUCCCAGAAAUCGCAGCAGCCGUCGGGCACAAGUGCACAAUACUUUUCGACUCUGGGAUCAGAACGGGUAGCGAUAUCAUGAAAGCGAUGGCGUUAGGCGCACACGCUGUCAUGGUAGGUAGAAUGUGGGUCUGGGGUUUGUCUACGGGAGAGCCUGGCUGCCGUCAUGUGAUCAAGUCGCUCCUCGCAGACUUGGACAUAAGCAUGACUGUCGGUGGCUUCCAAUCACUCAGCGACCUCAACCCGGACAUUCUCAAACACGAUCCUCACUCGACAAUGCCCCCAGGGGCUGCUGAGCCAUCUAUUUUGUAUUAA